AUGUCCAACCAAGCUCAAGGCCAGGAUCCUGCCCUCCCUCCCCAACCCAGGGCCAUCCUCCGUGGCCACAAAGCCCAGGUCCACGCUGCAGCCUUCAUCAGGUCCAACCAGCGCCUUCUCACCGGGGACGCCGAUGGCUUCGUAGUCGCCUGGGAUCUGGCCAUCAUGAGGCCUAGGGCCGUGUGGCAGGCUCAUGGCGAUGCGAUCCUGGGCAUAGCAGGGUGGGCGCCCGACAAGAUCAUCACCCAUGGGAGGGACAACAAGCUCAUCGUCUGGAGGCUGACCUCGGAUGACGAGUCUGCUCUGAGCUCAACGUUGCCUUUGGAUCCAGUGACUGAGCUGAGGCCCAAGCCUUGGAUGCUACACCUCCUCGAGGUCAACACCAUGAACUUCUGCUCUUUCGCCUCCUGUCCCACCUCGUCCUCCGCGUUACCAGCGGCGGCAUCAGCCACACCAGCCUCUUCAUCUGAGAAACCAUCAAUACUGGGCUCAGAGCUACUGCUUGCCGUUCCCAAUACGCUGGCUUCCGAGGCUGUCGAUAUAUACCAUCUGCCGUCCCAGACGCGCAUUCACACUGUCAGGCUGGGUCAAGACAAUGGCAUGGCCAUGGCACUUGCGCUUGUCUGGCUGGGCGAUGUGCUCACACUGAUUGUCGGCUAUGAGAACGGGCUGGCUGUUGUUGCACAACUCGGUCCCAGUGGAGAUGGCUCCUGGGCCGCCAUAUACCGCAACAAAAGCCACAGCCAACCUAUCCUUUCACUCGACGUCGCACCGAAUCGAGAUUAUUUCCUGACCACAGGUGCCGACGCCAUCAUCGCAAAGCAUCCCCUCCUUCCGCCAGCGCCUCCUAUCGCAGACACGGAGCGAGACGCGCCUGAGACCGCCCCUCCAGAGAUCAGUUCCAAAGACAUGCCUUCGAAAGAGGAGCAGAACGGAGAACCAGACACAGAAAAGAAGCAGCCAAGCUCCGCUCUCUCCGCGCUGCUAGGCAGCCAGAAGUCAGCUGCCCGUCCAGUGCCUCUUGAGAAAUCCGAGAUCAAGACUCAGCCUAUCAAGGUCCUCGAUACCAAGCACUCUGGUCAACAGGGACUCAGGAUCAGAUCUGACGGGCGUGUCUUUGCCACCGCAGGCUGGGACUCCAAGACACGAGUCUACUCGACCAAGUCAAUGCGCGAAGUCGCUGUCCUCAAAUGGCACGCGGUUGGUUGUUUCUCUGUAGCAUUUGCAGACACUACUCUUCACGAGUCCAGUCACGACGUAGACACACAAAGCAAGUCAACUGAUGACGAUGUUGCUUCGACGACAACGGUGGUUCCGCGGCUGCUCAAAAUGACGGUCAAGGAGAGGAGAGUCAAACAAGCCACGGAUGCACAUUGGUUGGCAACUGGAAGCAAGGACGGCAAGGUGAGCUUGUGGGACGUGUUCUAG